GAGCUUCUGGGCUUGGUGGAUCAGCUACAUAAACGCCUCAACCUGCUUGUGUGAGCUGCAAAUCAAUACUUGUUGUUGUAACUACUUGAGCAAAGAGAGCGUCUGUAAGAAAAUUGAGAAAGAGCGGAGGAGAAGAACUGGUCGGAGAUGUCGGGGACGGUGGUGAGCAUGGCGAGGUCGAUGCUCAUGGGCGCCAUUAGCGUGGCCGCCUCUGCCGCUGCUGCUGAGAUAAGCCUCCUCAUUGGCGUCCGCAAAGACAUCUGGUUCAUCAAAGAAGAGCUAGAGACCAUGCAUGCAUUCCUUCUGUCCGUUGAAGCGACGAAGAACAAAAGUAUGGUAUUGCAGGUGUGGGCGAAGCAAGUAAGGGACCUUGCCUAUGGUAUUGAGGAUUGCCUUGCUGAAUUCAUGGUGCAUGUGGGAAGCCAGAGCCGGUCUCAACGACUGCUUAAGCUUAAAGACCGCCAUCGCAUUGCCAGCCAAAUCCAUGCUCUCAAAGCAAGGGUUGAAGAAGUGAGCAACAGGAACACACGCUAUAACUUGAUCACCACAGAUGCCUCUAGCAAUAUUGACGAGGUGAAUUCCUACAUGGAAGAUAUUCGCAGCCACUCAGCUAGCAACAUUGAUGAAGCAGAGCUUGUGGGCUUUGCUAAGCCUAAAGAGGAGUUGAUUAAUAUGGUGGAUGUUCGCUCGAGAGAUGGUCUUCGGAAGGUGAUAUGUAUCGUUGGCAUGGGUGGUUUAGGCAAGACUACUCUUGCUAGGAAGGCAUAUGAAAGUAAAGAAGACAUCAUUAAUAAUUGUUCUUGUUGUGCUUGGCUCACAGUCUCACAGUCGUUUUACAAGAUAGAGAUGCUCAAAGACAUGAUUAGGCAGCUAUUGGGUGGUGAUUCAUUGAAUUUUUGCUUGAAGGAACUUGAAGGGAAGGCAGUGCAAGUAGACAAUCUCGGUAGCUACCUGAGAGAAAAGCUAGUGGAUAAGAGGUACUUCAUUGUUCUUGAUGACUUGUGGACCAUAGAUGCUUGGAAGUGGAUCGAAGAUAUUGCUAUUCCUAGUAAAAACAAUAAAGGUAGUCGUAUAAUAGUAACAACACGAGAUGAUGGCUUGGCUAAGGAGUGCACCUCUGAAUCGCUUCUCUAUCACCUCAAGUACUUGCAAUCAGAUGAUGCAACAAAUUUGCUACUAAUAAAGAGUCGGAAAACACAUCAAGACAUGGAAAAUGAUAAGAAAAUGAAGAACAUGGCCAACAAAAUUGUGAAUAAGUGUGGUGGUCUACCGCUCGCUUUACUCACUAUAGGAGGCAUGCUUGCCACCAAAAAGGUAACAGAGUGGGAGAGUAUCUAUAAACAAAUCCCCUUAGAGCUCGAGGUCAACCCUAGCCUUGAAGCAAUGGGGAGGAUAGUUACUCUAAGCUACAACCACUUGCCAUCUCAUCUCAAGUCAUGCUUAUUGUAUCUAAGCAUCUUUCCUGAGGAUUUUGAAAUCAAAAGGAGACGUUUGGUGGAGAGAUGGAUAGCCGAGGGGUUUGUUAGAGCCAGGGCUGGGGUAAGCAUUGAGGAUGUGGGAAACAACUACUUUAAUGAGCUAGUCAACCGUAGCAUGAUUCAAUCUUUUAGUGUGAAUAUCGAAGGAAUUGUUAAGAGUUGUCGAAUCCAUGAUAUUGUGCGUGAUGUCAUGAUCUCAGUUUCUAGAGAGGAAAAUUUUGUGCAUGUGGCGGGAAAUAAUGUAACUGGUGCUAUGGAGGAGACCUUCCGACAUGUAGCAUACCAUGGUAGCAUGUGCCAGAAGACAGAUAUGGAUUGGAGCCACGUCCGGUCAGUAACUGUGUUUGGUGAGAGAUCAUUGGGGCCAUCACCUUCAGUUUGUUCACCUGACAUGAGAAUGCUCCGGGCCUUGGAUUUAGAGAAUGCACAGUUUCAAGUAACACAAAAGGAUAUAAGCAACAUAGGAUUGUUUCGCCACUUGAAAUAUCUGAAUUAUUCUUAUCCUCCAGGAUAUUCACAUAUUUAUAGACUUCCUAGAUCCAUAGGGAGAUUACAAGGCUUGCACACUUUGAACAUUAGAGAUAGUUGUAUUACAGAACUGCCAAUUGAGAUUUGUAAACUCAAGAAUCUACACAGUCUCCGUUGUACCGGAAAUAAUUCCUAUGAAUAUUUUGACCUGAAUGACCCCACGGUAUGCUUGUUGAGCACAUUUUGUUGGCCCAUAUUGUUCACACCUUUGGCAGAUCCUAGUGAGCGCCCCAGGUUAGUUGCUGAGCUACACAUGGCCUGGUCCAAGUCAGAAGGUGUGAGGGUGCCAAAAGGAAUCGGCAAACUGAAAGAGCUGCAAAUACUAGAGGUUGUGGACAUCAGCCGAACUAGUGGCAAGGCAAUUAAAGAGAUAGGUGAGCUUGUGCAACUGAGAAAACUUAGGGUGGUAACAGAAGGGGCCACCAAGCAAAAAUGCAAGGUACUCUGUGAUACCAUUCAGAAUCUCACUUGCCUCCGCUCCCUGAAAGUGGAUGGUUCACUCGAGUGGCUGCAUCUUGUUUCCUCUCCUCCUCCCCUGUUGAGGAGUCUGAAGUUGGAUGGAUGCCUCGGAGACAUUCCUCGCUGGGUUGGCAGUCUGAUGCAUUUGGUCAAGCUUUACUUAAGGGGCAGCGAAAUAAAGGAAGAAGGUAAAAUCAUGGAAAUACUAGGGCCACUUCCAAACCUCAUGCACCUUCGUCUUAGAAGGGGCUCUUACAUUGGAGAGAAGUUAGCGUUCAAAACGGGAGCAUUCCCAAAUCUCAAGAAACUUGAUAUUUUUGGUCUGGCGGAACUGAAAGAGGUGCAAUUUGAGGAUGGCACCUCACCGAAGUUGGAAAUGAUGUAUAUCACUGACUGCGUGUUGAGGUCAGGAAUUAUUGGUAGCAAUCAUCUUCCAAGGCUCAAAGAGAUCUCACUUGGUAAUUACGGUCAGGUGGCGAAUCUUGCUAUGCUGCAAAUUGAAGUUGACGCACACCCCAACAGUGCUGUGCUGCGGCUGUACGGGGAACAGAGGUACCACGACCUGGGGGACGUCGUCGUCCAAGUGGAAGAAGCACCGGGGGACUCGUCAUCUCCUCAUCCCGAGCGAGAAGCUGCGAGGGAGAGCUCCAGGUCCCAGGCGGUGGUCAUGGCGGCGACAAACAUCAGCCAAGAUGAUCUGCUUUACACUUACAAUUCGUGCUGACUGACUCUGAGCAAGUCUCCGGCCAGUUACACCAGGCCCUGUCCAAUAACCAUGCCGCUAUAUAACUGCAUGCUCAUCAGUCAAGUGCCGUUAGGAGUUCAGACUUGUGAAGAAAAUCAGCAGCUACAAGUACACUUCAACAUCACUAAACGAAAAAGUGGGGACUUCCUGCAGCCUGCAGGCCAUACAAUCUGCACUGUAAGUUGUUGCCUGUCAUCUCCAAACAGAACCACUAGUUCUUUUUCAUAUGGUCAGUUUGGUCUCUUAGACUCUCACCAUCCAUUACCAAUUGGGCUACCUCCUCUCAUCUUUUAUAAUUUGAAGCACCCCUUUUGUUGACACAGUUUACAGGUAGUUAGGAUUUCUCAACCUGGGCCAAGCUAGAGCAUGGCAUGAUUAAGCUCAUGAUGCAAUUAAUGCUAUUUACGAGGAGCUGGACCAACUCUAAGAGGUGUGAUUUGAGCAGGGUGCAUGCCUCUGCAGCUGAAGCGAACAAAACAUCCAGCCUUCCAGUGCUUGUUGAGGACACUGAAUGUUCUGAAGUCUGAACUGUGAUCACACUGAUAACCGCUGGGAAGAAGACGUGGAAAAUGCGUUCAGCUCACCAAGUUCUCUGCUUGCUGGUGGCCUCUAAUAUGGUGCAAGGUGAAGCUAAGAGGGAUCUCGACAUCUCUCCACUGUGAAUGGAUGAGGAACGCAUUGAUCUCGGGGCUUCAGUGUAAUGGAGGGUAGUAGCAAGCUGCACUGCUGCUCAGAAGGAGUUCACAAUUUGCAAUUGUUGGCGCCGAUAAAAAUAAUCGCUUCUUAGGGAACAGCAUGAAAUGCAAUGGCUGCCCCUUUCCUCCUCCCCCCGCGUCGCCUCCCCGAGCGGGGCGACCGGGGGCUCUCGUCGCCCCCCCCCGCCCCCCCCCCCUCCUCCCCUUCCGCCGCUGUCGGCCUGGGCCACCGGGCCUUCCCGCGUGGUGCCGGCGGCGGCGGCCCCGGCAUUUCCCCCUCGCAUGGCGCCUCGGCUCGGGCGGACGGCGGCCGACGGGGGUGCUCCUCGGCGACAAUGGAUCCGGUGGCGGCGCGGCUCCCUGGGCGGCACCGUGCUGGGUAGCGUGCGGGCGGUGGCGCGGCCGCUUGGCGGCGGGGCGAUGCGGUGGCUAGCGGCGGGCCUUCCCGGCCCAGAUCUGGGCCCUUUUGGGCUCGAUCUGGGUCUGGGCGGGCCUGGCCUGGUCUGCUUGCGGCGUCUCCGGCGGGUCGGGGGCGUGACUCGUGCGGGGGGUGGUAGCGACGGUGGCUCGCGUUCUGCAGCACGGCGACGGGGGCUUCGCGAGCCCGUUUCGGGCUCGGCUGGGCCAGGGGUGGCCCGGUUUUCCCCUGUGCUGCGUCCGGCCGGAUCCCGCCGGGGGCGGUGGAGGAUGUCCCCUCCCGCGAGGCUGCUGAUGUUGCCGCUCCUGGUUCCCGGUUGCGUCAUCUUGUUUCCGUCGGUCCCGUUUCGUUUGCCAUGGUAAGACGGCGAUGGAGACUGCUCGACCGUGGUGGCGCAAGUUGGUGGGCGGUGUGUGUGGUGGCCCGUGAUGGAUUGUCUGGGGUCGUGGUUGGUUGAUGGUCGGGAGAAAUCCUUGUCGGCCGGGCCGACACCGGCGCGGUGACGCUCGUGGGCGCCGCCGUGCCUUCCUGAAGUGCGUCGGGCUUACCCCUUCCACCUCACCCCUCGCGUACCGGGGGAAACCCUAGGACAUGUCCGGGCAACAACGUCGUCAUCGUCGCGAUCCUUCUUGAGGGUGUUGUUUGGUAUGCGGCGGACCGGAGUGCUAGGAGCGUGGUGGUUAUCCGGUGGGCGCGGCGGUUGCGGGUCCUCAGCGUUUUUGUUGAUCCGUCGUUGUUGGCAUUCUUUUCUCUUCUAUUUUCUCUUUCUUUUCUUUUGGGCGUGACUGUGCUGCUUCCGCCCCAGCACCUAUCGUUGGAUGUAUCGGUUGGUUGCUUUGUAUACAAAGCGGGGGAAACCCUUUUUCGGUAAAUGCAAUGGCUGGUGAUCAACCUGAUGAGAACACUUGCAAUUUUUAAUAUGGACAUACUUUGUUUUCUA